GCCUAUGAUGCUAGGUAGCUGGGUUUACAUUAAAAUAAUGUUUUCACUUUGUCUGCUACUCACUGUGAUGGUGCAGUUCACUAAGCAAGCGAUUUUCAAUAAUAGUGCAUGGUUGUCAGGAAAUAAAGACACUUCAUCACAGUAAAAAUAACUGAUAAAUGUGGUUCUACUUAAACAGUCACUAGAAUCAAAGGUCCCCCCACCAGCAUGCAAUCCUACCCAGAGUAAAGGGAACUUACAGUUGCACAGAUAAAGUACAAAGGCAAUUGCUCCCUCUAACACCCCUCCAGUUGUUCAUCGCAGGGAAACAGAGGCCUUAGGGACAACUCCCAUUGGUUGUGGAUAUCUAAGACUUUUGCUGGAACACCUCAGUGCUCAGAAGCUCAAAUCACAGUGUCCCUUGCCAACUCUGGAGGAAGCUGCUGCUGCACCAUCCUGCUUGCCUCUCCAGCAGCCUGUGGACCUGCCGACAGGCAUGGGUCCAGUGGACAAGAAGGUUGUCGUGGAAGACAAAUUAUUCACAGAUAUUCAUAUUGAACUUUAGAACUGAGGAUUUUCUAAGAUUAAUUGAAUGUCAUACAUUUGAAUCCUCAGUUAUUUUUUGACAGUGGAGGAUUUAAAGCUGUAGACACACAUGGAAUAAAAUCUUCAGAAACCGUUCACUAAUAAGGACAUAACAGUAACAGUUGGAAGAACCAGUUUGACUGAAGACUGAAUCGCAUAGGGUACAUCAAAAGUGACUAAAAACAGAAUGGAGUCCUUAAGGAAAUCUCAAGAACAGGUACAACAGGGUCUAAAUGAGCUUGAAAACUUAUAUAAAGAGGGCAAAGAUCGAAAUGAUGCAGUGGUGAAAGGCUUUGAAGAGAAGGUUCGUGUGGCUCUCGAUGUCCCAAAGGAAAGCUGGGCUCCUCCUGGUCAAUCUCUGAAGGAUCUAAUACAACAUUUGCAUGGACAGCUGGAAAUUUUGCAGAGUGCCUCACUCUCUCCUGAGACGAUUUCAGAUGUGCAGGUCUUGAAAAAUGCAUCUGGUGGUCUGGCGUUAGAAGGUUUUUACAGAACCCAAAAUCUGGAGGACUUGUUGGCAAAAAGAGAGCAGCUCAUUGAGGUCCCCCUGUCAUUUUCACUCAUUGGCCCAAAACAAAGUGCCAUGUAUGAGCAGAAAGAAUUUUCAUCCCACAGAUCUCAAACAGUUCAUCAGAAAGUCAUGGAGAAGCUGGGCUUCAGUUUCAGCAGCUCAUUGAAUGUUGGAUUAUGGGGCUUUGGCAUUAGAAAUACAACCGAAAGAAAUGAAUCAAGUGAGACAGAAGAAACAAGAACUCAGUCAUGUGAACAGUCUUCCAUCUUCAGCACAAAAUACAACUACAUUCCACUGGCAUCCUGUUUUAUUGAAAAAGAUAAACUGAAGCUUUCACAAGGAGCAAUUAAGGCCCUUCAAGAAAUUGAAACUAUCCUUUCACAUUCUGGUGAGAGCAUGGCACUAAGGAACAGAGUCAGCAGUUUUUAUGAGAGAUUUGGCUCCCAUGCAAACCAGGGCCCGAUACACUUUGGGGGAGUUUUCUGGUGGACUGCUUCUGCAGAAGGCUUUAGAAGUGAUGAACUGUCAGAGAUGAAGAAGCUGACAUCUAAAGCUCUGAACAUUCACGUCGGAGCGGGAUACACUACACCUAUUGUCAGUGUCUCUGCUGGAUUGAGCAUCUCUUCCUCAGAGGUGAAAGGAUCUUCUACUGGAAGACACAGUGAAACCUUGAUGAGUAAAGUGCAGCUGUCAGUCAGUAAAACUGGUGGUCCGGCUGAGACUGAUAAUCACUUGCAGUGGAAGUCUCAUCUUGUCACUAGUAACAGAACCUGGAGCGUUGUUGACAGAGGAACAACUUUAAUUCCUGUCUGGGAAAUCAUCAUGUCUGCUCACAAAAAUGAUUUCCAAGAUGCUCUCAGUUUAGGCACCAAAUUAAAGAAUGUUUAUGAAGAUAUCACUAAGUUAAAUGAGGACGAACUGUGGGGAGAAGAUGUCCUUAUGGAAAUAGAAAGAGCAAAAGCACUGAUUCAGUCAGUACAGAAUUGGACUGCCUCAGACUGUGAAUCCCAAUUAACAGAAUUAUUGGAAUUCAAAACCAGGCUAUAUGAGACAACAGGAUCCUACAACAUCUGGAUUCAAACCUGUCUCUCAAGUCCAGAGCUUCAAGAUUAUUUGAUGGAAGUGGUUAGAGAAAACAAUCAUUCCACAGGCUGGAUAUUUGAGAAUUUUGAUGCGCUGUUUGUUGGACCCUGGUCUGUACACAGUUAA